UCGUCCUCUCCAGUGUCCUCACUGUCGCUCAUAGGCUACAACACUGUGCACCGCCUACACUAGAUCAUUCAAGAUGCCUACCGCAGCGUAGUGCACAGACCAACUAAUUAAUGGUGGCUAUUUUGGAACAGAUCUCGUUUGGGGUCAACAGCUUAGAAAAGGCUUUGGAGAUCGAUGUGCACUUACUGGAGUUCAAUGACAUCCGGUACAGAUUGCAGGCAAGCGUCAAAGACCCCCGCUACAUGCGGCUAUCCAUUAAGAUUCCUGCCGCGUCACCUCAGGUCCCUAUGGAGGAUUCCCUCCCACUUGGUGCUAUUGAAGCUGUCGAGGAGGCUUAUGGGACACUAGUUGAGGUGCAAAAGGUCCCGGAAGCUGGUUACGACCUCACCUUGAAGGUUGAUUUGCAUCAACUGCCUCCUACCGAAGAGGAGAGGUUCAAGUUGAUGACGAAACUCGCAGCCUUAAGGGCAAUAAUCAUGGGGGCCCCUCUGAGGGAGACCCUGAAAUCCCUUUUAAGUCAACCAAUGGCGGAGAUGGGAGAGACGGAGGGUGGUGGACUUCAGACUGCCUACGAAAAAAAAAAAAACAUUGUAAUUUUGCAUCGACCUGGCGAAUUCUUUUAUGCAUUUCCACAGUCAGAGAAGGUGACCAUAGUCUUCCCGAUGAGAUUUAAGGACAGCAAUGAUGCAGCACUGGGGGUUGCUUUUCUACAGGAAUUCAUGGAGGCAAGAAGGGGCUCUGCAUCGAGUUGUGCUCCCCCUUGCUCCUACUCCAGAACACCUCCUCAGGAGCUUGAAGAUGCACCUCCUCUGGAGAAGCAACCGAAUGCAGGCUUUGUUUCUUUCAUCAUCUUUCGAAGACACGUUGAUGGAGAGAGGCUGGAGAAGACAACAUGGGCAAUCUCCACGUUCCAUGCUUAUGUCAGCUAUCAUGUGAAGUGCUCCAAGGCCUUUAUGCAUACACGAAUGCGGACAAGGGUAGAGUCUUUGAUUCAGGACAAGUGAAAUAGAAACUGGCAUCAUUCCAUUCU